AAAAAACAAAAAACAAAACCCUGCCUCUUUGUUACGUUCAGCUACUACAUUUCCCACAAUUCCUCGGUGAGUUCUGCCGCUGUGCUGGAUGACAGCUAUCCGGCGCCGAAACGCCGACAGACACUCAGACGAGAGAGCCAUGGCGGCCACGGGUGGAGGGAAAAUCAGAAGCAGGAGAUAUCACAUCGCCUCUAAACCUUACGCCAAGAGCAAACAGCAGCAGUCAGGCCUUAUCAGUCGAGUGACAGACACAGUGAAGAGCAUCGUUCCCUCCUGGCUGCAGAAAUACUUCAAGAAUGAAGAUGCUCCUGAAGGAGGAGGUGCUGUACUGGGGACAGAGCAGAACUGCCAGCUGCCGCCGCCUCCUCCUAAUGGCAGCGAAGAGGGGCCGCCUCCCCUUGAUGGACGCGACUCCCCGGAGCCGAGCACCAGUAACACAGAGCCCUCAACCAGCCGGGCAUCCCUGAACUUUCAGGACACUGUGCUUUCUCGACCUCCUCUGAGUCGCUCCCACCUCCACUUUCCCCCUCUUGAUGCCUCCUCCCCGACCCUGGGGGCUUCCAGCAGCCUCUUCUCUCUGCCCUCCACCUCCUCGGCCCCUGGGCCUUUUUCCACGGGCUUCUCCUUGGUCAAAGAAAUCAAGGACAACCUCUCGCAGCAUGAAGAUGAUAACAUCUCCACCACUAGCGGCUUCUCCUCACGCGCCUCUGAUAAAGAUGUCCCCACUUCCAAAACGGCCUCACUACCCCAACUUUGGUCUCCAGAGACAGACAGAACAAACUCUGGGCCUCAGCCUGCCCAGUCCAGUCUGAAAAGGCCUGCUUUCAACCUGUCUGUAUUUGGAACUUCCUCCAAUUCCACAUUCAACAACACAAUGCUAAACUCCAGCCAGCUUGGAGAUUCACCCUUCUACCCCGGGAAGACCACGUACGGUGGUGCUGCUGCAGUCAGGAGUGCUCGCACUCGUCCUGGAACACCGUACCAGGCCCCGGUGAGGAGACAGAUCAAGGCCAAACCUGCAGGUGCUCAGCCCUGUGGGGUGACCAGCGCCACAGCCAGACGCAUCCUGCAGUCCUUGGAGCGCAUGUCGAGCCCUCUGGCUGAUGCCAGGAGAAUCCCAGCAGCAGCGUCAUCCCCCCUGUCACCAUCAAUGGAUGGUACAAAUCUAGAUGUUUCACAUUUCCAGUCGAAAAAGAAACGAAUGGAUUCUACCCUCCCACCGGUGCAGAAGCUGGUGGUUCCCGCUGCAGCGUCUGUGUCAGGAAACCGCUCUGUGUCCUUCAGGCCUACUCUGACUCCUGGAGGAAUAAGCCGACCUCUGGACAGGACCCCAAGAGAGAUGCCCACAAGACAAUCACCGCAUCUACCUGAAGCAACCCCAGGUCCAUCUCAAAGCACAAUGGGCUCCAGUGUCCCAGUCUAUCCUCUGUCCAGCACGCCUGUAGCCAGCAGCGUGAGCUCUGGAGGGGGCAAGAUGAAGAGAGAGAGGACCACUGCACGGCCUUCCUCUAAACGCCCUGAGGAGGACGAGGUGGCUGAGGUACCAGACCUUCCAACAAUUUCACUUCCCAUCAGCACCUCUGCCUUGCCCACCUUCAGCUUCACCUCCCCUCUUCCACCUCUCACCACCAUCAGCAACGCCCCCAAUGUCACACCUGUGACCCCCGUUAAGGAAACAGUCACAAAUAAGGAGCCAUUAAUGGCCUCAACACCUCCCUGUGUACCUUUUACAUUUUCCUCUCCUAUUGUCAAAGCAACUGCUGCUAGUCCCCCUUCAUUUUCCCCCUCAGCUGGAUUCACUUUUAGUGCCCCUGUAGCAAAGUUAGGUCCCUCCAUGUCAAACGGGAAGCUGGCCACUCCAAUAGCGGCAACAGCAAAGCCUGCAACAAGCAAAAGCACAGAAGAUUUUGAAGGACCAUUCAAGCCAGCCAAGACCCUGAAGCAGGGCAGUGUGCUGGAUCUUCUCAAAGCACCUGGCUUUGCCUCUCCCGUUGCUCGGACUUCCCCAGGCCCAGACAACACUCCGCAACAGACCUCCACACAGUCCACUACUCCCUCCACCUCCACCACCACAGCCACCUCCUCCCUUUCUUCUUCAACAGGGUUUGGAGAUUUGUUCAAAGCCCCACCAGGCUGGAGCUGUGAUGUGUGCUUGGUCGAGAACAAGCUAUCAGACACCAAGUGUGUGUGCUGUAUGACCCCACAGCCCAGUUCCUCCUUAUCCAAAUCUAUAGACAGUAAACCUUUGACCACCUCGGUUGAGCUAGAGAGCAGCACGAACACCACCUCCACCACUACAACCACCACAGGUUUUGGCACAAUGUUUACCAAACCUGCAGGAGCUUGGGACUGUGAUACAUGUCUUGUUCGAAACAAACCUGAUGCAGUAAAAUGUGUUGCCUGCGAAACGGCCAAACCGGGAACUGGACUCAAACCGUCACUGACUCUUCCUUCUGCCUUCUCGGCUGUUAAGACUGUAUCCCCCCCCACAGCCCCCAUUUCUACUGGGUUGACUGGAAUUGGAGACAAGUUCAAAAAACCUGAGGGUGCAUGGGAAUGUGAUACGUGUAUGGUAGUAAACAAGGCAGAGGACACAAAGUGUGUGGCCUGCAUGAGUGCUAAACCAGGAGCAUCAGCAGGAGUCUCUUCUUCAGUCAGCAGUGCUCCAGUUUUUGCGUUGGGAGAUGCGUUCAAGAAGCCAGAAGGUGCCUGGGAUUGUGAUGUCUGUCUUUUACAGAAUAAGGCUGCUGAUCUACAGUGUGUUGCCUGUCAAGCAGCCAAACCUGGAGCUAAUGUGGAGCCCAAAGCUUUUGGUUCGUCUUUUGGUUCAUCAGCUGGUGGGACCACAGGCUCUUCUACCUCUAGUUCUGGAGGUUUUAAGUUUGGCACAUCAGACAGUACCUCGGGAGGUUUCAAGUUUGGAGGUUCAUUGACAGAGUCCUCCUCCUCUUCUUCGUCAGGUGGAUUCAAAUUUGGAGUCCCGUUUGGAGGCUCCUCAUCAGAAACCACUUCUAAAGACACUGCUGCCUCUUCAGGGUUCAAAUUUGGCAGCUCAUCUGAGGGCUUUAAAUUUGGGGCUGCUACUAGUGAUGACAAAAAGUCAGACCAACCUGCUGCAGGUUCUGGGUUUAAGUUUGGAGCCAGUGGUGGGAUAAUGUUUGGAACUGGAUCAUCUAACACAGAAAGUAAUGCCUCUAAGGGCGGCUUCACCUUUGGACUGUCAAAACCUGAAGAGAAAACAUCAGACACCACCACCACCUUAUCCUCUGUUAGUUUCACUCCUCCUGUUUCCUCUCAAGAGAAGAGUGACAGCGUGGCAUCAUCGAAUGACACCACAUCGACAAACACCAACUCCACCACCACUACUACCACCACUGGCUCUGUAUUUGGGAGAUUGGGCAAACCAAGUUUGGCAACCACCACACCACAAGGAGAACCUGCGUUCCUUUCAGAGUGCAUAGAGUCCGACCUCUUCGGUUCUGCUGGUAAAGAUGCCGAUGCUGCACCGGCUGCUUCAGGAGGAUUUUCCUUCAGCAAGCCCAGCGCUGCAACAGAACAACCUCCACCUGCUUUCAGUUUCGGCAAGCCAGCAGACAAGAGUGAAACAUCGACAGAGCCCCCAAAGCCUGCUUUUACCUUUGGACAAAGUGCUACAGAUUCUCCUGCUGCUCCAAAACCAGCAUUUUCCUUUAUGGCUAGUAAUCCCACUAAUACCACCAACUCCACCACAUCCUCCUCCAUCCCGGCCCCCAGUCUGUUUGGCGGCAUCACCACCACCACCAGCAGCAGUAGCAUCAGCAGCUCCACUCAGGCUCCAGCUCCUUCUGCUGGCCCCAGCACUUUCAUGUUUGGUCAGCCUGCUGCAGCCUCCAAUGACGCUCCUCCAGCUAAAGCAGCCUUCGUCUUCGGCCCGGGGCAGGACAGCCAGCCGCCUGCCCCGUCAGCUGCCCCUCUGAACUCUACUCCUGCUCCAGCCCCAGCUCAGCCCUUCAUCUUUGGUGCUCCUGCCAGUGCUGCUCCUCCUCCUGCUGCCGCUCCAUCCUUUGGUUUCGGAGCAGCGGCACCCUCUGCUGCUUCAUCUUCAGCUCCGUCUGCAGCUCCCUCUCCAUUUGCGUUCAGCACAGCCUCCUCUGGUGGAUUCGGGGCCAACCAGACUCCUUCAUUCGGCUCAUCCUUCGGGUCCCCUUUCACAGCCACGCCUUCCCAGACCCCGGCCUUCGGAGCCAAACCCAACGCUGCCCCUGUGUUCGGUCAGCAGGCCAACUCCACCCCUGCAUUUGGGGCAACUACUAAUUCUGCACCAGGUGGAGGCUUUCAGUUUGGAGGAGCCAGUGCAUUCGGAGCCACAAACAACACCUCAGGUGUGUUUACGUUUGGAGCGGGAUCGGCAGCAUCUCCUGCCCCCUCUGCCAACACCUCCAUUGCGCCCCAGUCAGGAACACCUGGAGGUGGAUUCAACUUUGCACAACCCCCCGCAUUCAAUAUUGGGUCAACGAAAACCUUCACAGCUUCUCCAGCUGGACAGCCAGCAAUUCCCGGGCGGAAGAUCAAGACAGCGGUGCGACGCAGAAAGUAGAGCCCUGUGGACUCGACUAUAAAGUAGACUUGACUUUGACUAGACUGUAUCCCCACUGAAUAAAGUCCUGGAAGGUCUUAACUGGACAAACACUGAAAUUACUUGGCAUGUGAAGAAGGGCUGAGGCCACUCUGUGCUCGGGCUGGACGGGUGGGAGCGUAUUUUAGCUGGGCUGAUUAUUCAAGAGGUUUUCACAUAGUAGACCGGAGCCGUUAAUAUGUGAGACCAUCCCACAGGACUUACCAUGAAAACAAAAACUGUUGACUUGAAUAAUGACACUGACUUAGAAAACAACAAUCAAGCAAGGACCCCUGCUGAACAUGACGAAAAAACAAGCAAGACAGUCAUAUCUAUAUUUUCAACACCGGCAAAUGUCUGCUAGACUUUAGGCAUGACUUUUUGUAAUAAAAUUACAAAGGCAAAA